CUGAGCAGCGGAGCAGCGGAGCAGAGCGGAGGAAACCAGCCCGGGCAGCUUCGCUUCAGCCGGUUCCUCUGAGCUACAGUCCGGGACAGUUUCUAAUGUUGGACCGCUUCGCUCCCUGAGACCCGGUGGGGGGGCGGGGGGACCAGAACCCCCGCAGUGGGAGGGGCGGAGGGGGUGGUGUCUGUCCCCUGCUGGACUGGGACUAUGGCGGACGAAGACUUUCUGUUUGAAGAUGUUUAUGAGCUCUGCGAGGUCAUCGGGAAGGGUCCCUUCAGCGUGGUGAGGAGAUGCAUCAACAGGGACACAGGCCAGCAGUUUGCUGUGAAAAUCGUGGAUGUGGCCCAGUUCACGUCCAGCCCUGGUCUCAGCACAGAAGAUCUGAAGAGAGAGGCGAGCAUCUGCCACAUGCUGAAGCACGCCCACAUCGUGGAGCUGCUGGAGACCUACAGCGCAGAUGGAAUGCUCUACAUGGUGUUUGAAUUAUGUUCUCCAGGUGAUUCCAGCUCCUCCUCAGCUGACCUGUCCCCCUCCCCACCUGUUUCUGUCAGCAUGGACGGGGCCGACCUGUGCUUUGAGAUCGUGAAGCGCGCCGAUGCUGGCUUCGUCUACAGCGAGGCGGUGGCCAGCCACUACAUGAGGCAGAUCCUGGAGGCGCUGCGGUAUUGCCAUGACAACAACAUCAUCCACAGAGACGUCAAGCCUCACUGCGUCCUGCUGGCGACCAAAGAGAACUCUGCUCCGGUCAAACUGGGAGGGUUCGGCGUGGCCGUGCAGCUGGGAGAGUCCGGCUUGGUGGCAGGAGGCCGGGUGGGAACUCCUCACUUCAUGGCUCCUGAGGUGGUGAAGAGGGAGCCGUACGGUAAACCGGUGGACGUGUGGGGCUGCGGAGUCGUCCUCUUCAUCCUGCUGUCCGGCUGCCUGCCGUUCCACGGCAUCAAGGAGCGACUGUUUGAAGCCGUCUGCAAAAGCAAAUCCAAGAUGAAUCCCCGCCAGUGGAGCCACAUCUCAGAGAGCGCCAAGGACCUGGUGAGGCGCAUGCUGAUGCUGGACCCUGCAGAGAGGAUCACCGUCUACGAGGCGCUGAACCACCCCUGGCUGAAGGAAAGGGACCGCUACGCUUACAAGAUCCACCUGCCAGAGACCGUGGAGCAGCUGAGGAAGUUCAACGCCAGACGGAAGCUGAAGGGAGCGGUGCUGGCCGCUGUGUCCAGUCACAAGUUCAACUCCUUCUACGGAGACCCACCAGAGGAGCUCCAGGACUUCUCUGAAGACCCCACCUCCUCAGGUGCCACAUCUGGAUCAGCUCCUGUCUGACUGCUCACCUUCUGCUCCUCUCCAG